AUCCAAAAAUCAUUGCCUAAAGAUGAAAAUCCAAGGUGAUUUUGACAUAUGUUAUGUAUGACAGAAGAAAAGGAAACAGCAGUUGAUUUACUUCGAUCUAUUUAGAAUUUGGUUUCCAUUCAAGAUUUGCAAUGGGUAGCCCAGAACAAGAGCUCUGUCCACCGCCAUCAGAAGAAGAUGAGUUAACCUUACCUAGAGCAAGUAUUAACAAAAUGAUAAAGGAGUUGGUUCCUUCCGUUAGGGUUGCAUUUGAGUCAAGAGAACUAAUACUUAAUUGUUGUACCGAAUUCAUACACUUGCUCAGCUCUGAGGCCAAUGAAGUUUGUAAUCAGAGUAAUAAGAAAACUAUUAAUGCUGAACAUGUACUCACAGCUCUAGACAGGUUGGGGUUCAAUGACUACACAAUAGAAGCUGAAGCAGUGCUAAAAGACUGUAAGGCUGUAGCGGCCAAGAGAAGAAGGCAGAGCACCCGUUUGGAAAACCUUGGAAUUCCAGAAGAAGAGUUACUCAGGCAGCAACAGGCACUAUUUGCAAAAGCUCGUGAAGAACAAGCAAAGCAGGACCAACAGCAAUGGCUACUGCUGCAGCAACAGGGGCUAGUGGGUUCUGACGUGACGGCACAGCCUUACGUACCACCACCUACUGGACCUAAGGGUGACAUGGAUGAAGAUGAUGACUACUCAUAGGAUCAAUGUUUAUUUCUAAUAGGUCAAUAUUGUGUGGUUAAUUCCAUUUUUUUUACAUGAAUUUGACUAAUAAUUUCUUUGCAUCUAUAAAAUAUGUUAUGUUUACCUAUACAUUUAUAGAAUUUGUGUUGGUUGAUCGGAACACUAAGAUAUGUUUAUAGACUUCCCCAAUUAUAUUAAGUAUUGGACUUACCAUACCACAAUAAGACUAAAGCAAGAAAUAUGUAUGUCUGCCUCAUAACUCUAAGUAUUUAUUAGCUAAGGAAACUUGGAUGCUAAACAUAAUAUGGUGUACUCCAUUUUUCACUUUUAAUAUAAUAACAAAUUUUUAAUUAAACCGAAACUUUUCAACCCGAAACCGAAACGAAAAUUCAAGAAUAAAAAAAGUAACCCUGCUGGAUGUAGAAAUACCUAUCGAGUUUCUAUGAAUGGUGAAAUAGUAAACAAAUAAGACAGAUUUUUCUUUAUAACCUUAUGUUAAUUUUAUUAUUCAAUGAAAUGUAAUUCUUUGAUUUGAUAGGACCAUGUUCAUUCUAUAAAGGUCCAUAUUGACGUAAAUUCGGUUUUAGUCCUAUACACAAUUGUGUACUUAGACUUAAGAUAGUUCUUAAGUUUAUAUACCUAUAUUUUUUUGUUAUUUUGUACUGGGAUCACUAAAAUCUAGACUGUCAAUACAAUAAAUCAUCUUGUCACUACUGU